AUGAUCAGGUGCGUGAGCCUUCCCACCACGCCCGAUCUUCAGCUGGUAACACGACUUGCCGCCCACGACGGGGCGUACUUUGCCGCGGCCAUUGCGACGGCUCAGGCGGGCAAGGCCGCGGCGGACGCGCUGGCCGAGGUCCUGCGCCUGCUCGCCAACCCCUGCCUCGAAGCUGUCGCGGCGAGCAAGUCACUGCUGUACGCGGCACUGGCUGACGAUGCAGACGGCGUCGUGGUGCCCGUGUGGCAGGCGGUG